AUGGCGCGGCUAAUCUCUACUAAACAUCGCAAUCAAAAGCGAUUCAAGUGCGAAGUUUGCGACCACGAAUUUACAACGAAGACAAACUUGAACAAUCAUGUGAAGAAAUGUAACGAGGCCAAGAAAGAAAAGUCGAAGGUGAGUCGAACAAAGAAGCCAGAUACUCCUCUACCAACCUUGGAAAAUAUUUCUCGACCAACCAAGCAAAAUACUCCCCGAACAACCAAAGAAAAAACUCCUCAACCAACCAUGGAAGAUACUCGUCGACCAACCAAACAAAACACUCCCCAAAAACCCAACGAAAAUACUACUCCACAAAAGAAUAUGGACUCACCAAAGGAGAAUACACCAAAAGUCGUAGAGGACUCUCCAUAUUCAGAACCAGGAAAAAAAGUGUUCGAUGAAAUCAAGGAUGGUUCAUCAAAUCAUGGAAAAAGUGCUAGCCGUAAGCAUGAACAUGAACGCCGUUCCAAACGCCACCGCAAAUAUUAUUAUCGCGACCAAAAGGCUUAUUCCUCACAUCGCAAAAAAAGUGGCAAAUGUGAUCGACGUUGUUGUGAUCGACGUUGUUGUAAUCGCCGUCACCGUCGUGGGCGCUCGUACUCGUCUAGUUCGUCAAAUCCGUCAAGUUCUUCUGAGUCUUCACGUUCCCGAUCUCGCUCGCCAAACCGAUCACAAUCCCGUUCCGAAUUCCAAAAAGAAAUACGUGCCUCAUCAUCGACAAACCAUCCAAAUGUUCACAACCAAACUCCACCAACCACAAAUCCUCUAUUGACUGUUGCGAUUGAUUCGAAUGCUGCGACUCCACUAGAUGCGGAUGAAAUGGCCGUGUUGAUGCAAUACGUUCAAAAGAUGCACAAAUUUAUUGACGAAAUGGCACCAACUACCAAAAAGGUUGAAGAAAUUCUCGGAAAAUGGAAACAAACACAAAAAUGA